AUGACGGACAUCAUCGGCCAACAACCACCAUAUGAUAGUGAGAAGGACUCUUCUGGUUCCCUUGAGAAACCUUUCGAUCAUGUCGGUGACACCGCUAAACUGAAGAACGUCGAAGAGUCUGAGAAUUGGCUUGGUAAUGACGAAGCUAGCGACAAUGAAUACCGCGUCGAAAAUGCAUGCGAUGUUGCAGUUAAGAGCUCGGAUAAUGGUGGUGGCGAGCCGCCCGAGCACCACUAG